CAUCAACACCGCCGAGACUCUCAAACGCCCACAACCAAGGCAAGCUUGCACACUGUUCAUUCCUCUUUCGAUUCCGAGCUUCUUCCCUUCCUUUGUGUGAACUAUGAAUCAAUAACCACUUUCAAUUCUCGCAGAUGAAGGUAAACAAGCAGAAGCGGCAUCGGAAGACUCUCACAUUCUACACCGCUUGCCACGGUUUCCGGAAGCCAUUCAAAGUUCUCUGUGAUGGCACGUUCGUUCAUCACCUUCUCGCGAAUCGUAUCAUACCUGCUGACAAAGCCCUCAGCAAUAUUCUCAGUGCUAAUGUCAUACUCUACACAACCAGAUGUGUUCUAGCUGAAUUGAAACGUCUCGGUGCGUCGUAUUCGGAGGCUCUUAAUGCAGCUAAUAAGCUUAUGGUCGCGAGGUGUGAGCAUGAUAAAUGUGUGAGGGCAGAUAUCUGCAUCACGGAGGUUGUUGGAGAAAAAAAUUCUGAGCACUUCUUUAUUGCUAGUCAGGACGGUGACCUGCGGAAGAAGUUGCAAGAGGUACCUGGUGUGCCUCUCAUAUAUGGUCUCAGAAAUGCUCUUUUCCUGGAAUCUCCAUCUGCAUUUCAGCGGGAAUAUGUCAAAACUUCUGAAGAAGGACGAUUGCAUAUGAGUAAGAAAGAGUACCAGAUAUUUAGGGAUAGGGCAAUGAAUAGAUUGGCUGGCGAGGAAGCUAAUGAUUCCAUAACUGGAGUAAUGGAAAACAAGGAUUCUGGAGAUCAAGCCAUAAAUGUGCAGGCAGUAAGGAGUAUCACUUCAAGGAAUAAGACAGACAUCAAGGAUAAACCUCAGUUUAAGAGGAAAAGGGCAAAAGGUCCAAACCCGCUUUCGUGCAAAAAGAAGAAAAGUCAUGAAAACCAAAAUAUUGGUUCUAUGAAGGAAAUGAAAGGAGACGACACAGUAAGGAGAAGUAGGAAAAGGACGAGGUCACGUAAACGGCAAAUGCCUGCAGAUAUUGGCAAUUAGGUAGAUCAUUUUUUCAUUACCAAAAAAUCGGUAUUUAUAGGAGAGCUCCUUGAGUUUGCUGCUUCUGGUGAAUGAAGAGAGAAGCAAAUUUUCCAUGAUGGCGUGGCGAGGGAAAAUGCAUAUUAGUUGUACCUUUGAGUUUUAUAUCAUCGAAGUUUAUCAGAGAAAUAUCAAUGGUCAUAUUGUAUUUUUCUGUAUAUCUUAUUAUUUACCAAAUUGUUAUUUCAUUAUAGUUGAAGUUUUCUGAUACCCAAAUCUUAGCAACCCUCGAACUUUGCUAUGCCUCUUCAAUUAGUGCCCAUGUAGGCUAGCUAAGAGUGUGCUUAACUUCAGCUUCUGUUGUUUCUUUGGUAGUAUAUUUGUUAUGUCAUUUUUAUUUGUCA